CAAAUUCGGUAUUUAUGUAUGUUUUGGGUUCGUGAAUGUUUGAGGUUAUAUCAUAUGUAUAUUAAAAUGUCAGAGUAUAUAAAUUGAUCUGAGAAGAAAAAUAGUGCUUAAAUCCAUAAUGAAAUAAGACAUUGGUUCCAAGAAUGGCAGCUUUAAUGAAGAAACGAGUGCUAGCUGAAUUUAAUCAGAGCCAGACGAUUGUUAAUGAGCCGCCAACCAAACGGUUAAAGACUCUAAGGCUAUUAUCGACGUCUGGUUCGAAGAACGGUGCCGACAGCAGCUCGGCGUUAGCUUACAUAGAAUGCCUGGAAAAAUGCAAGAGUGGAAACGACGCGUUGCAACUGCUCGUUCGUAUUUCGGAUGCUAUAGCGUACAUAGCACCGGAGGAUGUUCCCGUUGCUAUAAAGAAGCUGGCGGAGAGAUUUGCUGUCGAGAAGAAAGUUGCGGUUAGAGCCAAGAUUUUCUGGGUGUUUGCUGAAUUGGGAGAAGUGACGCCUGACACGUUGGAAAAGGCAAAAAUUGUGAAUGAAGUGGCUGAACUUCUGCGAAACGAGGAGUCGCACAGAGUCAAGAGUCAGGGAUUAGCGACGCUGUUAAAGUUGGGAGAUUAUCAAAGGGCACUGGUAUUGAAAAUUGCACAGGAACAUCUGCCCGACACCUGGCACGGUGUUCAAACGCGGUGUCUUUCUAUCAUCGGCCGUUAUCUAACAGCAAAUGCUGCAGAUGAUACCUUAACGUUAAUUGGCAAUUAUGCCCGCUCUCAAGAUCCACGGGUUCGUGCUCAAGCUUUCGAAACUAUGGCAGAAUUGCAUUCUCACAGAGGUUGUAGGCUCCCUGCGAGUUUCUUCAAGGAAGCCUGCGCAGCCCUUCGCGACGAUUACGAGAUUGUACGCCGAGCUGUUCUGAAACUUAUUUGGCUUUUGGGCAGGGAGUAUCCAGAGAACAUUGUUGUUGGUUCUGAUGGCGAGGAUGUACGUAUGGUGGACUGUGCCUUUUCACAAAUUUGCAGUCUUAUGGGUGAUUUGUCAUCUCGCGUGAGAGCCUCGGCGAUGUCCCUUUUGGGAACCAUGAAAGGUGUGUCGCGUCGUCAUAUAGAACAAGCGUUGGAUAAAAAACAAAAAAUAGUUGAAGCGGACAGACCCGAAGUUGAAGAGAAAAGUGGAUCUUGCGGAGCAUUCAUUCAUGGCUUGGAAGAUGAAUUUUUAGAGGUGAGAACAGCGACAGUUGAAGCACUCUGCACGAUUUCGUUAGAGCAACCGAGUAUAGCUAGAAUUUCAUUGGACUUUAUGGUGGAUAUGUUCAAUGACGAAAUUCAGGAUGUCAGAUUAAGAGCUAUUGAAUCUUUAAAAAAAAUGUCAUCGAGCGUAACCCUUCGAGAGGAUCAAUUGGAAACAAUUUUAGGCGCGUUGGAAGAUUUCUCAGGAGAAGUGAGAGAAGGCUUGCACGCUAUGCUAGCUGCUAGUCAUCUCGCCACCACAAAUUGUCUUUACAUGUGCGUUAAUCGUUUGCUAGAUAAUUUAACAAGAUACCCUCAGGACAGGGAGAGUAUCAGGAGUUGUUUAGCGGCAUUGGGCGCGUCACAUCCAUACUUAACGCUACCUCUAGUACCGCAACUUCUUGGCCGACAUCCUUUCUUCGACACACCCGAGCCAGAUGUGGAUGAACCGUCCUAUGCAAGCGUACUCGUUUUAAUCUUCAAUGCCGCGUUACACUGUCCAAGCAUGCACGCCCUGUUCACGGAGCAUGCUUCUAAACAUUAUCACUAUUUGCGCGACACUAUGCCGCAUCUAGUUCCGCGAUUGCGGCCAACGCUUACAAGCGGUUCAGGAAUCAAAAUGGAAGAUAUGGAUAAUGAAGAGAACAGAGGUCAACGUGGUCGUGAGUUCUUGGAGAAGAUGGUAGCCGGAAUCGAGAAUGCCAGACCAGGAGGCAGGGUUCAUACGCAACUUUUGAAUACUGCAGCCAUUGAUUUUGAUCGCUUGGCAGAGAUGGAUCACCAUAUGGAAGGCGCUGCACGUUUCGCCGCCUUGUAUAUUCGUUGCUUGCUGCUGUUGAAGUCCGUCCUCAAAGAAUGUUCUGUGUCUUCGACGACGUCUAUCUCGGCGAACCCAGUGCCGAAUACCAAUAACAAUAUUUUCGUUCUUCUUCAGCACACGCAAAAAUUACAACGCUUAUUUAGUGGAUUAGGCGAGAACGAAAUUAUAUUGGCUAAUGAUAUGUGGUUGAAAGCACUGGCUAUAGAAUUAGUUAGGGUGACCAGGAGUGCGACCGGCAGCGCGUUACCACUAGCUCGUUAUUUCCUAUCGGAAGCCGAUGCCUUGCCUCAAGAUACGUCGAGGCUACCGCCAUUCUCCAGGGCUCUGGUUCUACAAAUACCCACCUUGGCGGACGUGAAGCCGGGCUCCUUGACGCGGCUUUUGCUGCCAUUGCUUUUGACGCCAGUAGCACAGGGGGAAGAACGACUGCCGAGACCAUCGGCGACGACGCGCUUUUGUCGAGCGCACAUCGAGGAACCGAGAGGCGAUGCUGAUGCCGCGCUAAAAUUCACGGGCGGCCUUUUACUGGGAAUCCCCCUGAACGCCAAGAUAUUGAAUCUACGCGAUCCCUCCACUCUGCGGAUAAAGCUGAGACAUCCGGAUCAACAAGUGCAAUUACUGUUACCGCGAUCCGCAGAUCUGCGUAUGCAGCAGUCCGAUCAGAAAGAUUACAGAUUGAGAACGACAGUUCUUCUGUCGCAUCAAGUGUGGAUGGAACCUUGUAACGUAGAGAUCUCCUUAGCAUUACUAUUACCUUCAUCUGCGAUUUGCACGCAUCCACCUUUAGACGACCCGUGCGUGAUCGAUUUGUGUAAACCUACCAAAGUAUCGAUUGCACCGAAAGCCAUCAAAAGAGGCAUAUGAUUACAUUAUAGUGUAAAUGAUUAUUUAAUACUUUUAUUUUUGAUCAUUUAAUUUGUAUGUAUCUUUAUAGAUCAAGAUUUAAUACGCAGAAAAUU